CGAUAUCACGACAUCUGUCAGCUUUUUGAGCGCUAUGCCUAUUCAAUGGUGAUUCGCCACAUGGAACGGGUGGGGAAAAGUACCGCCGGCGCGUCUUCGGAGCGACACUGGGCGAUGUCCCUUUGCCCUAUAGGCCAGGAGACCACAAAUAGCAUUCGAGAGAGACCGCUAAGUCAGAGAGUCCCCCGUUCGUCUUCCCACAUACUUGCAAACAUGCUCUCCCUCCCUGCUGCCCAUCUUCUCGCCGUCUACAUCGCGACGUUCAUGUACGGAAUCUACGUCGUUACGCUUGGCAUGGCGGGGCGGGCACUCCUCACGCUCCCCAGCGGCGAAUGGCGCACAAGACGCGACAUAAACUGGAUCAUCUUGGCCGUCUUCUGUGCACUCUUUAUUAAUGACACGUUGGACACUGUUUUGGCGCUGUUGGAGGCGAUGGAUGCAUUCGCAAUCUACAGCGGGCCUGGUGGACCUACACAUGUCUUCUCACAUGGAUCGGGGUUCAUGACAUUGACCAAGACUGUUUGCGUUGGCAUCCAAACCUUGAUCGGCGAUGCAAUUCUGAUCUGGCGCUGCUGGUUCAUUUGGAAGAGCAAAACUCAGCUGGUCAUUGUAUUACCCGUGAUGGGAUGGAUUGCCAAUUGCGUACUGAAUGCAUGGGUUGAUCAGCUGCUGAGCAAGGUAACGGAGGGUCUGGUGACAGGAAGCAAGAUCCAGCCAUUUGGGAGGGCAUUCUGGAUUCUAAGCAUUUGCAUCAACAUAUAUGCUACGGGUCUCAUCGUGCUGCGUUUAUGGAUGGUUGAGCGAAACAACUCACAGUUUCGACUGGGUACAGGUUCAGCCACUACUGCAACAACCAAACGGAAAACCCCGCUUGCUCGGGCAAUGCGUAACAUAGUCGAAUCUGGCCUUCUUAUCACAGUCUCCUCAAUUCUGAUGUGUAUUGCCUUCACAAAGCAAAGCACCCUGAACUUCCCCGCCAGUGCAUUUGCCUUCCAGAGUGUUGGAAUUGCAUUCAAUCUCAUCAUUAUCCGCUCCUCAAACUAUGCAAACCAGGAGACAAUUGCGCCGUCUUCCAUUCAGUUUCAUUCAAGUCCUCCAGCAGCCUUGGGACGUGGCAUUCACACAACAACAACAGUUAUUACAGAUGCAAAGCAGGAUACACUGUCAUAUCCACUUGUGCAUAUUCAUAAGGGAACUGAGUCUGGUGAUUAUGCUGUUUAA